UAUUUAGGAGAAGGCUUGAGUGGUACUGAAUGGGUUAGAGGAGGGAUGAAAUAUUUAAGAGGAAAAUACUGAGCAUAGGUUCUUAACCAUGUGGCUUCUUCAGGGCAGAGGGUAGCCCCUCCCCAGUCGGCCCAAUAGAGACUGACCUUUAACCCCCAUCCCAGAGACCAGUGAACCAUUAACUCCUAUAGGAACCUUCCCACACUUUCCCCACUCCUGACCCUGCCCCAAAGCAGUUGGGCUAAGGGGGAACCUAUCUCAACUCUCUAUGUGACGUGGCUUCCAUUAUACCAGAAGGCUGAACUCCCUAACUCAGGAAUCUCUUCAGGUCCACAGUGAGGUUUGCCAGGGAGCUGAGGGUACAAUCCUCAGGAUGUUCUGGGGUAAAUAGAAGCUGGAACCAGUGCCUCUAAUCCAUCCCCUCCAGGAUGGGGCCCCCAGUGUGUUAUCUUUUGGCUGGCCUGUGUGUGGGAGUGGUCUUGGGCUGGGUAGGGGGAUCAGUCCAUAACCUGGGCCCAGCUGAGCAGGAACAGAACCACUAUUUGGCCCAGCUGUUUGGCCUGUAUGGAGAGAAUGGGACACUGACCGCAGGGGGACUAGCUCGGCUUCUCCACAGCCUGGGGCUGGGCCGAGUUCAGGGGCUGCGCCUAGGACACCAUGAGCCUCCAACUGGGCGGACUGCAUCCCCAACUGGAGACAAUUUCACACACAGGCCACAGGACCCAGAAGUGAGUGUGGAUGUCUGGGCAAGGAUGCCUCCGGGUCCCUCAGGUUGGGGUGACCUGGAGGAGUCAAAGGCCCCUGACCUGUCCCAUGGGCCAGCACCCUCGGGUCUAGACCUCUUUCACAGGCUUCUCCUGCUGGACCAUUCCUUGGCUGACCAUCUGAAUGAGGAUUGUCUGAAUGGUUCCCAGCUGCUGGUAAAUUUUGGCCUGAGCCCCGCUGCUCCUCUGACCCCUCGCCAGUUUGCGCUGCUGUGCCCAGCCCUGCUUUACCAGAUUGACAGCCGUGUCUGCAUCAAAACUCCAGCUCCAGCACCUCCAGGGGAUGGACUAUCUGCCCUGCUUCAUAGUGCCCUGGCAGUCCUGUUGCUCAGCCUUCCUGCUCCCUUCUCCUUGCUGUUGCUGCGGCUCCUGGGACCUCGUCUAUUACGGCCAAUGCUGGGCUUCUUGGGGGCCCUGGCCGUGGGCACUCUUUGUGGGGAUGCACUGCUACACCUGCUGCCACAUGCACAAGGAGGGCACCAUGCAGGACCUAGUGGGCAACCAGAAGAGGACCUAGGCCCAGGGCUGUCAGUACUUGGUGGCCUCUUCCUGCUCUUCGUGCUGGAGAACAUGCUAGGGCUUGUGCGGCACAGAGGGCUCAGGCCAAGAUGCUGCAGGCGCAAAAGGGAUCUCGGAGCACCAAACCCUGACCCUGAGGAUGGCAGUGGGAUGGUCCUUCAGCCCCUACAGACAGCUCCAGAGCCAGGGACUCAGGGCCAGAGGGAGCAGAACAGCCAGUCCCCACCAACACCAGCCCCUCUUGGGCACCAAGGCCACAGUCAUGGGCACCAAGGUGGCAAUGGCACCAGUAUCAUGUGGAUGGUCCUCCUGGGAGAUGGCCUACACAACCUCACUGAUGGGCUGGCCAUAGGUGCUGCCUUCUCUGAUGGCUUCUCCAGUGGCCUCAGUACCACCCUUGCGGUCUUCUGCCAUGAGCUGCCCCAUGAACUGGGUGACUUUGCAAUGCUGCUCCAGGAAGGGCUGUCCUUCCAGAGGCUGCUGUUGCUGAGCCUGGUUUCUGGAGCCUUGGGACUGGGGGGUGCAGCUCUGGGAGUGGGGCUCAGCUUGGGCCCUGUCCCUCUCACUCCCUGGGUGUUCGGGAUCACUGCUGGGGUCUUCCUCUAUGUGGCCCUUGUGGAUAUGCUACCAGCCCUACUUCGUCCUCCUGAGCCACUGCCUAUGCUCCAUGUGCUUCUGCAGGGGCUGGGGCUGCUGCUGGGGGGCAGCCUCAUGUUUACCAUAGCCCUGCUGGAGGAGCAGCUAUUGCCCAUGGUUCCUGAUGGCUAAUGGGGGCCAGUGGCAAAGGAUCCAGGUUGCCCUUCCUUCCCCCCUCCCCCAACCACAGGAAUGGAGGCGGGACACAGGGCCAGUAGGAGCAAUAGGAUUUUAAUAAACAGAACCCAUCCCAAA